GAUGCAUCCACAACAACAUCCAACAGCCGACAACCACCCACAGCUCCAGGGCCAGGCACAUCUGUGACAGUGGAAUUGGAGGUCCUCGUAUCGCCAGUUACUAGAGUUAGUCGAAAACUCUUCUUCUGGGGUACGCCUGUCGUCAACGAUGUUUUCGCUCUCUUUGCCAGACUGGAAAAUGUCGUGCUGAACUUGAAGAAUGAAGUGUGGCAAAAGCGAAAAUCUCGUAAUUCUGGGUGCCAAUCAAUUUAUUGUCUGAGUGACCCUUGCAACUGGAACGACUUUAUAUCGGCCGUAUUGAACUGGUUGUGUGGUGGAAAUGGCUGACGAGUCAGUUCGCGUUUCGCUGCGGAUUCGUCCGCAGAGCGCGCGAGAGAGGAUCGAUUUGUGUCGUGUGUGUACGGUGUGUACGCCUGGCAUUGAGCAGGUCGUACUGGGCAAGGACAAAGCGUUCACCUAUGACCAUGUGUACGACAUGGAUACGCAACAGGAGUCAUUGUACAAGUCGUCUGCUGAGAACCUCGUGGAACGCUGCUUUGAAGGGUACAAUGCUACAAUCAUGGCGUAUGGACAGACUGGUGCUGGGAAGACGUUCACCAUGGGAACAGGAUUCGAUGUCGACGUUGGCUCCGUGGACUUGGGCGUGGUGCCCCGUGCUGUUGAGCACAUCUUUAAUGGCAUUCGUUCUCGUCAGUUAGCUGCCCAGGAAGCUAGCCUACCACCGCCGCAGUUUCAGCUAGAGGCAGAAUUCAUGGAGCUGUACAACGAAGAGAUUGUGGACUUGUUUGAUGCCAAUCAGGGUAACAGGAAAGGCCUUCGUAUACACGAGGACGGGGGACGGAUAUUUGUUGCAGGCAUGAGCUCCAGGAAAGUCUCAUCGGCCGAGCAGACAAUGAAAACGCUGAAGGAAGGAGCACUGUCCCGUACCACUGCCAGCACAUCGAUGAAUGCCCAGUCGUCUCGAUCGCACGCCAUCUUCACACUGCAUAUCACCCAGCAGAGGCUAAUCAGUUCGACGUCGGCGGAGAAUGACGAGGCAUCUACGGAGCAGCUGACGGAGAAUGGCAAUGGCUCUGAGCUGUCCUCAUCGCCAAACCAAUCCUCCGACAGUAGCACGGCCAAUGGUGCCGGUGGCAGUGUGGACUUUGAAACCCUGUCUGCCAAGCUGCACUUUGUGGAUCUGGCUGGUUCGGAGAGGCUGAAGCGCACCGGUGCUACUGGUGAUCGGGCCAGGGAAGGAAUCUCCAUCAACUGUGGCUUGCUUGCCCUGGGAAACGUCAUCAGUGCUCUCGGUGAUAAGAGUAAGCGUGCCUCACACGUACCGUACAGAGACAGCAAGCUAACGCGACUGUUACAAGAUUCACUGGGUGGAAACAGCCAAACGUUGAUGAUAGCAUGCAUCAGUCCAACAGACCGUGACUUCAUGGAAACGCUGAACACCUUGAAGUAUGCCAACAGAGCCAGGAACAUCAAGAACAAAGUCAGUGUUAAUCAAGACAAGGCCUCCCAGCAGAUCUCCGCACUCAGGGCUGAAAUACAACGCCUGAAUUCAGAGCUGGAGGAGUUCAAGACUGGUCGGCGCUCAGUUUCAGAGGACGGUGGCACCAUCAUCAACAAUGAUCAGGUCUUUGAAAUCUCUAUGCUGCGUGCUGAGAACGACAAGAUGAAGCUGAGAGUGCGUGCUCUCCAAGAUACUGUCGAGCAGCAAGCCAACCGCCUGGCACAACAACAGCUCAAAUUAGACCUUCCUGAAGCUGGCGAAGGCGAAGCGUUGAGUGAAGACGACGAAAGUGUUUCGAAGCUCAUUGGACAGUACCUUCGGGAGAUUGAGAACCUGAAGGGACAGCUGCUGGAAAGUGAGUCUCUGGCCAAAGUUGGGCCGCCGGCAUCUCCAUACCGUCGCAUGUCACCGUGUGUUUCGCGAACACAGUCGCGUAUUCAGCACCCCCACGGAGCGUCGUCACUUGUGGGCAGUUCAGUACCGGAGAGCCUAUUGCUGGAGGCACAUUCGGAUCUAGCCCGCAUGAAGGAACAGCAGGAGAAACUCGUGGGUGGCAGGUCUUCCACGGCAGGACCAUCAAAGAAGUCGCCGGGUAGCAAGGGCAACUCAUCUGGCAGUAACGUGGGUGCUGAUGCCAGAAGCAGUGACGAGGAGCAAGUAGAAGAUGAGGAACCUGCAGCACCUGCUAGUGACAAUGAGGUCGGUGAUGGUUCUGGAAGUGACAGUGAGUCAGGAAGUUCAUCCGCUGAAGAUGGUCAGAGUCUGGAGGGUGACAUAGCUGAGCUUUCGUCGGAGAUAUCAAUCAAGCAACGUCUGAUUGAUCAGCUACAGGCAAGCCAGCAACAGCUACAGUCUAUGCGGAAGCACUAUGAGGAGCAGCUCCUAGUCUUGCAGACCAAAAUCAGAGAAACAGAGACGGAAAGGGAUCAAGUACUGACCAAUUUGGAGAAUCGAGGCUCCGUCUCGGAGGAUCAGGUUCGCAAAGUGCGCUCUGACUUUGAAGGAAAGUUGAAGAAUCUCAAGUCUGAGCUGACCAAGAUGAAAACAGCCAAGAAUGAGCACCAGCAGCUGCUCCGUGCAAAGUCCCGCAACGAAGAGAAGCUGAAGCAGCUUCAGACGGACCUACAGGAGAUGAAGAAAGCUCGGGUGAAAAUGAUGCGUGAAAUGAGAGACGAGUCCGCAAAGAAUCGUGAACAGGAGGCGAGGCGUGCCAGGGAGAUUCAACAACUCAAGAAAACCUCGCGGAAACAUGAAAGUCACAUCAAAUCACUCGAAGCAGAACGACAGCGGCGUGAAAAUGUGCUGCGACGGAAGAAUGAAGAGGUUGCCAUGUUGAGGAAGCAAAAACAGGCGGCUGCACCAGCAUCUUCAUCAAGACCAGCUACGCGUACUUCAUCACAGCCAUCUUCCAAUCAGUCCAUGAUGGCUUCUAACACCUAUCAGUCCCAGUCUUCCCAGAGAGCUGUAUCGGCGGCACCUUCCGGUGGUAGCGGUGGCAUCAGAAAGCGAUCAAGACGCGUAUCGUCAGUGUUCUCAACAACAGGUGGAAAGCGGAAAUGGCAACGUCUAGAAAGAGUUGUCAACGAUGCCAUUUCACAACGGCAGACUCUGGCCAGUUUGGAGCAGGAUAUGGACCGACUAUUUUCUGAGCGUGACCGCCUCGGUCAUGAGGUCAAAGACUGCACUCGCCGCCGAGAAGACGCCGUACUCAGCAUGCAGGAUGAUGUCAGUAUAAGCUUCCAGGAAGAACAGCUCGAAGCCCUGGGAGCUCAUUUAGAAUAUGUCCAGUCCAAUAUCGAUGAGCGGCAGGAUGAGAUCAUGCAGUUCAUGGAGGCAAAGGAUGAAGGUGAUACUGUUGUUGCAACUGGCCUCUUACAAAGCUGCUCGAUGAAGGAAGCACGCUACUUGCUCGACCACUUCCUCCAGCUCUCCAUCACAAUGGGUGUACAAUCUGUACAACAUGAGACGGAUGCGAAGCAGCUGCGCGGUCGUCUGCAGCAGUCUGAGCAGCAGCUUAAAGUCCGUGAGCAGAUGCUGCUCAACAUGGCGGCGGAUGAUGGGGGUGACUCGCUGUUGAGGAGAGAGUCGUCGCCAGCGCGCACCACGGCCGCUGCCAGUGAUUCUGUACUGCAGAUUUCACCGAUUCGACCCAAGUCUCGACCAAGGAGUAUUUCGAAUCCUGACGAAAGUGGAAUAAUGUCGGCUUUGGGGGCUCUGGAUGCGACCUUCACAAUACCUGGUCCUGAGCUGCUGAAGGAACUGGGCACAACAGCACCAACAACAGUACCCACAUCUCGGCAGGCUAAGUCGCGUCGAAAGACAGACGCUCAGACUGAUCUGCUUCGCCAUCUGAAGCGAUUCUCCUCCCCCGACAUCGCAUUGUCAUCAGAUGAUGCAUGCAGUCCUAUGACGUCACUGCCACCUGCAUCCGAUCCUAUGACGUCACUGCCACAAGCAUCCAAUCCUAUGUCAUCACUGCCACGUGCAUCCAAUCCUAUGACAUCACUGCCACAUGCAUCCAAUCCUAUGACAUCACUGCCACAUGCAUCCAGUCCUACGACGUCACUGCCACCACCAUCCUUAGUUAGGAGUGAUUCACAGCCAUCUGCACCAGACACAACAACUGCAGUGGUUGGUUCUAUACCGGUGACGUCAUCGCUGCCACCAAUGCCUAUGUCGCGUGAUGGAAGUGGCGGACUGUUACAACCGACAUCGGUGUCGUUGAGCGGUAGUGACAGUUCGCUGACUACAAAGGAUGAUAGCAGCAUGCUGCGACGGCCUCGCUCUUACACCGAAGAUCAGAGAGCCUACAAGCAGCUUGGAGUUUCUCCACAAGUCAUGCGGAAGAAGGACUCGUCGUCAUCGGAUCUGACAUCGUCGCUACCGGGAAAGCUGCCUGUUCGCAACUCCGAGGACGUGUUCAAGCGUCUCACCAACGAUACGUCAAGUCAGCCGGAGGUUGUGCAUGGCUCGCGUCGCCAUGGUACCAUCACGGCCACAGCACAGCGUCGUGGUGACAAGAGUCAGGUUCUCUCGUGCACGCACACGGUUGAAGGCCAUAGUCGUCCAGUCACCGCUGUUGCCUCCAGUAGUACUGCUCUCUUUACUGGAUCACAAGAUCGCACUGCCAAGAUCUGGGAUCUAGGUGCAGGCAAGGAAGUAGUGUCUCUCGGAGGACAUCCCAGUUCUGUUGUGUCCGUACGCUACGCUGACAAGAGUGGCCUGGUGUUCACUGCGUGCCAGUCGAUUGUAAAAGUGUGGGAUGUACGCGACGGCCAAAUGAAGUGUGUCAAGGUUCUUGGUCCUGCAGGUAAUAGCAGUGGCACGGCUACAGCAAGCAGUAGCAGUGAGAGUGUGAACGACAUGUGCCUGAGCCAUGACGAGAGCAUCCUCUACACGACGUGUGGCAGUUCGGUGCGUGUCUGGGAUGUCAACAAAUUCCAGAGUCUUGGUCGGCUAGUUGGCAGCACUGCACCUGUUUCAACUCUUCUCCUAUUGUCCGGCUCUCACUUGCCACGCGAUGCUAGUACUGGCAGCAUGUUACUGGCUACGGGUGCGCGUGAUCACUGUGUUCGGAUUUUCGAAGUCAAUCCCAAGCUGGCUAACAUCCAGACGGCUUGCUAUCAGCUGGAACCACCGCACUACGACGGUGUUCAGUCGUUGUUUGAGCACGACGGCCAGCUGUACAGCGGCUCUCGUGAUCACAGCAUCAAACAGUGGGAUCUGGCAUCACGGCAACUUCGACAGUCGGUGAAUGGUGCGCAUAAUGCCUGGGUAUGUGCCUUGCUCAAGGUGCAGUCAUCUAGUGCUGGUGGCCAGAGUGGUGUCUUGGUCAGUGGCUGUCGUAGUGGUAUGGUCAAACUAUGGCAACUCGGCACCUGUGCUCCUAAUGGUGAAAUUGCUGCUCACAAACAGCCUAUCAACGCCAUGGCAGCUAACGACGGGCAGUUGUUCACAGCAUCCAAUGAUCGUACGGUCAAGGUGUGGAAAUAUCGAGAUUGAUUGUACUAACCCUGUCCACCCUGUACACAUGCUACACACGCAAGUGUCGUUCAGUGUACUGACUGACGUUACCCCACGCUCUGCCCAAUGUAUAUUUUUAAAGUUAUUUGUUUGUAUGUCGCAACGCUUGAUGCUCUCAGCCUGCACUUGAGGCCUCCGUCACAGAUAAGAUAUUUUUCAAUAGCCAUCUAUCAGCAAUCAUCAGUUUUGAAAAUUUGAUUUCCUUGCAAUGUCUUCAAGUUGCGGCAGCAUCGUGUGACUGAGAUCACUUUUUAUUAACCAUGUCAUCCACCACUUCAUCAGGAAUUUCCAGCAUUGAGUUGAAAUUGGAUUUUCUGUCAAUGCUCCCUACUUGUAAAAGCAUUCUGUGACCGAGUUCUCCGAACUCUGUGAACUUCUCUUUUUAAAAGCACAGCUUUCUAUCUUCAUUUACCAAGCUUGCAGUGUCUUAGUUCUUUUACUUAACGCUAAUGAAAGGUGAAAUCACCUGUAUCUUAUUUAACCGUUUCUGUUGUAACAUCCACACAGGACUCUGGGUGAGAAAACCUCUCAUGGUCUUCUUUUGUGGCAG